AUGCCGGAACAUGCAAAGGGCGUCCAGACAGGGAUAGUCAUACACCCGGAGCGGUUGCGCAACAUUGAACUAGAAGCCUCAACAAGAGACAUGGUCAAAGGAAUUUUUUGGUCAAGGGACCUCCGUGUGAACGGCUGCAAGGCAAGAGAAGAGGAGGUAAGACUCCCUAAAUACGGAUGGAAGUUGAGUUCCCUUGAUUUCGUGAUUGAAAAUGGCCAGUUGAUGCUCAUAAGCGAAGAAGGUUCGUUUCUUCCAAUUGUCCCGCAAAGUCGACGACAUGAAGUGUUCAAGGAAGCGCAUAAUGGAGCUUUGGGAGGUCAUUUCCAUGCUCGCAAAAUGUAUGAUCAGCUCAGCAAAACGGUAUUUUGGCCAAGAAUGUAUCGUGAUCUGGUAAGGUGGUGCAGAGAAUGUCUUUUUGACCAACAAUAA